GAGAUUCUUCUGGAAGCUACGAACCAUGGGCGAACGGGGAGAACCUCAAGUUCAGUUCAAGCUUGUACUUGUCGGAGAUGGUGGCACUGGUAAAACAACUUUUAUGAAGCGUCAUUUGACUGGUGAAUUUGUAAAGAAGUAUGUAGCAACUUUGGGAGUUGAAGUUCACCCAUUAAUAUUCCAUACCAACAGAGGAGCUAUCAGAUUCAAUGUGUGGGAUACUGCUGGUCAAGAGAAAUUUGGCGGUCUCUGGGAUGGUUAUUAUAUUCAAGCUCAGUGCGCCAUUAUCAUGUUUGAUGUAACCUCACGGGUGACAUACAAGAAUGUGCCUAACUGGCAUCGAGAUCUGGUGCGUGUGUGUGAAAACAUCCCCAUUGUGCUGUGUGGCAAUAAAGUUGACAUUAAAGACAGAAAAGUGAAGGCAAAAUCUAUUGUCUUCCACAAAAAGAAGAACCUCCAGUACUAUGACAUUUCUGCCAAAAAUUGUGCUAGCAUUGAAGAAGGUGAAGAGGAAGUUCAUGAGAAUGAUUCCAGGAAUGAGGAAUAUUCAAUGGCUCUGGAGCCACGGGACGGUGGACGUUGGGAGAAACUCUCCCGGCACCCGCAGGUGCUGCCCGAAAACGAGCUGUGCAGAAGAGGACUGAAGGUCAGUUUAGGGGCUCUCCUCAGGCUCAACAUGACUCACAGCAGUCUGUACACCCAACAACCGUCACUGAGGCAUGCACGGAGGGCGGAACUGCUCACACAGACCGUUGACCUGAGGGUGAUAAGCCAUGGUCCUGUGCAGUUUGACCACCAGAUCACAGGUAACCGCACAUCAAAGCUCAGAUGUAACUGCGUCCCUUGGGCUGAAGAGAUAUCCGACGGGAUGUUGAACUAA